AUGGAAAACUGUGAUGAAAUUAGAGAUAUUGGGAAAGAUAUGCCAUACUCAAUGAAGGAUGGGUAAAUCAUGAAAUAUAAAUCUUAAUUUGUGUUCUUUGGGGUCAUAACUUUCCUCAACUAGUACAAUUAUCAUUUGAAGACUAGUCCUCGAAAUGCUAUCAUAAAUUCAGUCUUGUUCACUUUGUCAAAGAGCAAGAAUCCAUAUCUUAACGCUUUAAUAAGAAUCCCAUCAAAGCUUUUGAUAUAUGGGGCUAGCAUAUUUAUCGGAUAGCUAUUGGCAAGACAAUACUGGAUAUAUAAAAGAUCAUUUAAUGCAAUGAAGAAAGCAGUUCUUGAUACCUAUGUCAAUUUAAAGAUUUACAGUAAUGAUGAAGAAUACAAAGAAUCAUAUGCUUUUGAUGAAAUUAGACCUAAGCUAGUUAGUUGA